AUGUCCCUUCUUCACAAUGAAGACUUCACAAUCUGGCAACUGCGCUCCUCAUAUCUUUCGACGAUCAAAGACGGAAUCGGAGACCGACUUAUCAACGUCAAUGACUCCGUCCUGAAUACACCUGGCUUCCGCGCGGCAGGUUGGUCAACUGCCGCCGCGUACCCGAAUACACAUAGUUCAUCCCACCUGAAGCGCACCUAUUCCCCACCAAUCCCAACCACUGCGAACGUAUCUUCCGAAUAUUACAAAUUGGCGGAACGAAAUGCGAAGUCUCCAAAGUACGAACUGCAAGGCCUCGGCCCGGAGGACGGCGAGGAUGAUGGAGGCAUGGUGACAGGCAAGAGCCACACGGACAUGACCGCGCGACGGCAUCAUGCACGUAAUGGGAAGAAGAAAAGUCGGCGUGAAAGGGCACAAGAGGCUCAGAGACAAGCGGUAGCAGAGGAAGACGAUAGUAGCGAUUUGAGUGACGACAGCGACGAUGAUGGGGACAAUGUGGGCAGUGCUGUCGAUCAAAUCAAAUUCCACAAGAUGCCCAUACGUCGAGACCGAGCCGACUCCUCUCCAAUGCGCUCCGAAGAUCAGCGCGAGCGACCAGAAGUUAUGAUCACAUCUCCGUCCACCCAGCAUGUUGCGAAUCAUAACCAAUCGAUACCACUACGACCUCGUCGAGACACAACUACAAGCAGCGAUCUAUCAACAGAUAAUGAAACUGACCACCGAGGCUACAAGUCCCAAGUCUCUUUCUCCGGGAGUGAUCUCAUCGUCAAUUAUCCGCGCAGGCGACGUGAACGGACUGGUAGUCGAGGGGCAGAAAGCCUGGCUCUCGGACAACUCCACGAGGAAGACGAGGAUGAUUCUGGCGCCGAGUCCGCUGUGUCUGCAAUUUCAUCUGAUUUUGAUAACACAGCUGGAUCUGGCUCCUUACUUUUAGCAGGUGUUGCGGGCGGUUUAAAUAUGUCCUCGCCCAUGGUUAUGAUGAACAAGUUGCCACCAGGAACUGGCCCACAGAAUAGCUCACCUCGCAAGAAUCGCACACCGGCCCCAACGCUACAAGACCUCCCACCGCCACGACCCAUUAGUAUGAUUCAACCAGUCAGUUUAUUGACCAGUCAGCUCAAGGCUCGGAAGCGGGCACCAAGCAAUCCUGUGGACAGAUUUGUGGUGCUUUCUGGGCGAGGACAAGAAGACGCUUUGUACUUGAAGAUUUACGCUCCCUUCUCCAGUGACCCGGAAGAUCCGUUAGAUCUGCCGGUGACGCGCGAGUCUAAACUUGCGGAGCAGCCCGCACCCGUCACCGUCGCUGAGACGAUAGGUUUGGCCCUAUGGAAAUAUUCGGCGGAUUCUCGAGGCCCAGCGCUAGACCGUGAAAAGUUGACCGUAAACCGGUGGACUCUACGGAUGGUUGAUGAUGGCGAAGUUGAAUAUGACUUCCCGGCACUUGGGCGUACCCUUCCAAUGACGGAUUUCACAUCAAACAACAAUCAACCUCCCAAGGUCCGACAACGAGCAAGAGGGAAGGCCUAUGAUGAGUUCGCUCUAGUUGAAGCCUCGAAAGCGGAGUUCGAGGAGAACGAGAAGUUAUACCCACAGUUCAGUUCAAACAUUGCAUCAGAAGAGACAGACCAGCCUGCGAAUGUUGCAACACCGGGCACGGCUCAACCACCCGCUGCGCAGAGCAAGCCUCCUCAGAUCACACCUGCUCCAGCCCGAGCAAAUCCUAUUUUGGGUCAGCCAUUUUCUUCUGCGCUCAACCACAGCACACUUACCCCUGCUGAUCGACCCGCUGUGCCCACCUCACAUGCGACUCCUCGUCUCGGUGUUGCCAAAACAUUGAAGAUUCGCUUCGUUAACACAGAGGCCUCCGCACAUGUCAUGACUAUCAACACAUCUACCGACAGCUAUAUAGCCGAGAUCCUGGACUCUGUAUGCAAGCGCUGGGGCCAGGACAAGGGUAACUACCUGUUAAAGGUAAUGGGAUCAAACACGAUCGCUCCUCUUGACCGCACCGUGGAAGCACUGGGUAGCAUCACCGAGCUUGAUCUAGUCCGCCGUCGUUUCGGUGGGGGUCCUCUCGCUCUUGGAACCUCACCUGGAAGUUCAUCACCGAACGCACCUUUGAUGGUGGAAACUGCAGAGCCAGCAACCUCCAAAAAGGCCAAGAAGGAGGCCAAGAAGGGCGCUCAACGCAUGCUACCAUCAUCCUCUCAGAAACAAGACCACCUCGGCGGGUAUUAUCGCCGGUACCACGUGUUCCGCAAACAACCCAUGUCUUUCACGGCAUCCAAUCACCGUAUCCUCACCUUUGAAAAUGACUAUAUGCACAUUGUGCCUGGAGAAACCGGUAAAACCGUCUCUGGUGGCAAGACACGGUCGAUUAGUUUCAGCGACGUGAUCGGCUCCAAGGUCAGCCGCAGGCAUCCGAAGAGUUUCCGUGUGAUGAUUGUACGUGGAAACGAUGCUACGGAGCAGAAGCGCUAUGACUUUGAGGCUCGAAGUACCGGCGAGGCCGAGGAGAUUGUCGACGAGAUAAAGAAGAACAUGGCGCAUUAUCGCAUUUGA